GCAAUAACUUUCACAGUUUUACAGGCUUGUGUGCGUUAUUAUUUUAAGCUUGUCGCAUUAUUCGUUUGUAAGACCAUGCGGCGUGUUUAUUAUUUUGAUCAAUUUUGUACAUACUACAAUUAUGUUAUUUGUAUUUACAAUAUUUACACGGUAUUUAUACUGAUCGAAUUACUUUUUGGUUCAUUCUAGAGUUUAACUACAAUCAGUAGCGCAGUCGCCAGUCUCUUAUAGAAUAGAAUAGAUAAGAAGUAAGAACGGAGAUCGCGCAUGAUUUUCGCUGUCGUCGAGACUUGAGAUGUUCGUCGUAUGUCGUGACUUCUUUUAUUUUUUUUCCAUCCUCCAAGGUCGUGACGAGUGAGUGUGACGGUGACAGAUAGUGGAACGGAACGGACGGUACAAUACAACUUCUGUGUAUACAACACAAACACAACUUUACUGACUUUGGAACGUCGUAGUUCAUUCGUAAAAAGUCACGGUGGUGAUACUAUUUGACGGCUGAUCAUUGAUUUUUUCAUCGUGACGUUAUUUAUCUAUCACCCACCUCAUAAUUUGGAUUUGGGCAAUCAAUAAAAAAUCCGUAACAAGUUAGAUCUAAGGAGCAAAUUUUUCGUUUUCCUUUCACGAAGAUCACUGAAAAUACAACUUGUUCAUCAAUACAUUUUUAACAAUUCUGAUAAAAACCAUGAUUAUGACUGCGAAAGAGAUUAUAAAUGACUUCAAAGAGAACUAUGGUAAGGUACGUAAGUUACUAGAUGAGGAUAGCAAGAAUGAUCUAGAACAUGAACCGUAUUUAUCGAAGUAUAAAGCAAACGAAAUUUUAUCGAAUAUGUGCGACUCGCUCAUGAAUAUCAGAGAUACUGAGGCUAAUAUAGAGAGAGAUAAGCUUGACGCUAUGUUGGGUGCUAUUUUGUUGAAUAUAGGGAUUAUUGACAUGGAAACCGAGGAGCUUACAGCGAGUGAAAAGAUACUUACAAGGGCUGAAGAAAUUCUUGCUCCACACUCGGUAAAACCUGAAGUCGUAAUUACGCUUAUGAAUGUUUACCACAACCAUGGUAUACUUUGGUCUUAUAGAGAUGAGCCAGAGAAAGCCAAGACUUUUUUACUAAAGGCUAAAGAAUUAUAUGAAACCUUCAAAUGUACGAUGCAAAUGCCAAUACCAAUUGAAAAUUUCAUAAACAAUCCUGAAGGCAAUGUUGGUGACUUUAUGUUGAUGGAGAAAGCUUACACCUUAACACUGUAUUAUUUAGCUCAAGUGUUUGGCUCAUUAAAGGAAAACCUGAAGUCAGGAAUUUAUUGUCACAUUACAUUAAGAAGGCAGUUGCAAUAUUCAGAUUAUGAGCCAAUAGAUUGGGCUUUGAAUUCUGCUUCAUUAUCCCAGUUCUUUGCAGAACAGAAAGGAUUUACACAGUCACGGCAUCACUUAGCUGCUGCGUCUACAAUACUUGAUAUGUAUGAAGAGAAAUUAUUGGCUGAAAAUGAAGAUGAAGCACAUUUAGCAAGAAUGGAAACUUUUAAGCAUAGAUCUGCUGAUGUUGCCAGAUGCUGGGCUAAAUAUUACCUGCUUCUUUUAUCAGCUUCCCACGAUCGACUUAUGAAUGAUGCAGAACAGAUGACUGAUGCUGUUACAGAUUUGUCGCAUCUAACACUGGAAGAUGAUGAAAACAUCUGUGGUGGUGAUAUCAAAAUGUUAAAAUUUCCCGACUUGGAUGUUUCAAAAUACGAAAGUAAAGCUACAGAUAAAUUCCUUCUCACAUACCAAGACGCCAGGGAAGUAUUUCUGAAUUGUCAAAGUUGGCUGAGCAAAGCUAAAGAGUAUUACACACUUGAAACAUUGGCUUCAGAUUAUAUUAAGUUAGUACAAGACAGUUCUCAGUCAUAUACUUACCUGGCGUUCUUUGAAGAAGACGACGAACGGCGUUCUAAGAUGCAUAAACGCCGUAUUGAUAUGCUCGAGGCUUUAAUCAAAGAAAUAAAUCCAACAUACUACAUGCAGUAUUGCAGACAACUCUGGCUUGAACUUGGGGAGGCAUAUCUUGACACUUUGAAUAUAAAGCUUGACAGAUUAAAUAAGUGUGGGGAGAACCCUACUCCACAUGCUUUGAAGAAGAUUAACAUGCUAUGUGAGAAGAGUAUUGAGCAUUAUGAACACUUUUUGAACUCUGUUAAAGACAAAAAUGGUGUAUUGCCUAAGAAACUCGAUCAUGACUUAGUGAAGCCGGUUGUAAGCGCCUAUGCAUGCAUUGGGAGGAAUAGUUUGAAACAUAUUGCAGUAAAUAAAAGUGAACAGCUGAGUCAUGUCAAGAAAAGCUUUGAUUCAUACCAAGCUGUUGUCGAUAUAUGUGAAAAUAACCCUGAUGCGGCUACCAUGAUGUCUGAAGAGUACAGUCUUUGCAGUGAAAUGGCUAAAAUAUUAGUCAUCAAAAUAAACAAACUAGAGAGUGAACUGGUGGCUUGAAUGGCUUCUUCUUGUCGUGUCAAAUGGCUGUAUAAAUAGAGCACAUAUACUUUUGUUAAUAUAUGCUUGCUACAACUGAAUCGUUGUUAAUUUUUCAAUUUCAUUUUGUUGUUGCACUACCUCUUACAUGGCGAAUGCUCGUCGGUGAGAGAGGCAGUUUGUAAUGUAAUUCUCGAAAACGAAUCUUGAAUGUUACAUUACAGGCAAAUGUUCGUGUCCGUGAGGGAACAUGGUAUGGUGUAACGAGCUGGUGUCCGCAACUCGAUAUUUGGGCGCCUAUUUUGCGUGUGGUACAUUGCUAUAGCUCCAUUCCUGGAUUACUCGACUCUUUGACUUUAAACCUCUUUUGAUCAAAACUGCUAAUAUUAUGUACAAUUA